ACCUUCAAUCUUUUAAGGAAGUUCUCUAACAAGGAGUUACUAGAACUGUAGUUAAACGUUAAAGCUCUGCUAACAUUCCACAUCAGGGCAGGCAAAGUUGUUUGACUUUAUGACUAGAGAUUAACUGUAAACCCAGAAUGAGCAGUAAAAUACUUGGCAGUUUUUUUACUUUUCUUGUGGCCUGUCUGGUUGUUACAGAAGGUAUGAGCCUGCGAGGGGCGGGAGUGGAGCCUCGCUGUCGCUGCAUCGGGACAGAGAGCCGGCGGAUUGGGAAACUGAUUGCAAGAGUAGAACUGUUCUCCCCAAACCCUCACUGCAAAGACACAGAGAUCAUUGCCACAUUGAAAGAUAGUGGUGAGGAGAUUUGCUUGGACUCCAGUGCUCCCUGGGUUAGAAAAGUCAUUGACAAAAUCUUGUCUAGAAAUCAGAGCUGAAAUCUGUUCCUACAUUGUGACCACUUCAAGGGUUGCACUCCAAAGUGAAUGUGAACAUUUCUCUACAGUGCUCCAACUUGGCCAUUGGCUUUGUUUGACUGUAAAAUAAACUGUUCAUUUGUUAAA